CCUCCCGGCUGCGAGUCUGCCCGGCUCGGGAUCACGUGGCGGUUGCCGGAGGCAGAGACUAGAGAGGAGAGAAAAAAAAAGCGCCUCAUUCCUUCUUCCACCGCCAUACUGUAUUUUAUAGUAACUCUCAUUUUUAUUCCUCCCUUUUACUCCCGCUCGUGGAAGGUUUUCCUGGAGAAUGAAGUGCGGUUUGGUUUCCUUGUCAACGGAAGAUGAAGUGAACAACUGAACAUCUCCCCAGUGCAGGGUUAAAUCCAAGUGAUUCAACCAUGACUGGCAAAACACAGACCAGCAAUGUCACCAAUAAGAAUGACCCAAAGUCCAUCAACUCCAGAGUCUUCAUCGGCAAUCUGAACACAGCCAUUGUCAAAAAAGGCGACAUUGAAGCGAUCUUUGCAAAAUAUGGGAAAAUAGUUGGCUGCUCAGUGCACAAAGGUUAUGCAUUUGUACAGUACAUGAGUGAGAGGCACGCGAGGGCUGCAGUGGCAGGAGAGAAUGCCAGGAUCAUCGCAGGGCAGCCACUAGAUAUCAAUAUGGCAGGAGAGCCAAAACCAUACAGACCAAAACCUGGCAAUAAGCGGCCACUUUCAGCACUUUACAGACUUGAAUCAAAGGAACCUUUCCUGUCUGUUGGUGGCUAUGUCUUUGAUUAUGAUUACUACAGAGAUGACUUCUACAACCGGUUGUUUGAUUACCACGGCCGUGUCCCCCCACCACCCCGAGCAGUGAUUCCACUGAAGCGUCCUCGUGUGGCUGUGACAACAACUCGCAGAGGCAAAGGGGUUUUCUCCAUGAAAGGAACAUCAAGAUCCACCUCAAGUGGGGCUUCUUCCUCAGGAUCCAAAUCACCCACCCGUCUUCCCCUGCCCCUUAUGUGGAGUGAUACUGUCCUUGGAAGCGUCACUGGAAGAGGAAGAGAAAGAUCAGUGAAAUCAGAUGAGUUGCAAACAAUCAAGAAAGAAUUAACUCAAAUCAAAACAAAAAUUGACUCCUUGCUAGGGAGACUGGAAAAGAUUGAAAAGCAGCAAAAAGCUGAAGCAGAAGCUCAAAAGAAACAAAUGGAAGAUAAUGCUGAUUUGAUUCAAGAGGAAUGCAUAUCAGAGAACGCAGAUAACUCUACAGAAGAGCCGAUUGAAGGAGGGCCAGAUGCAGAUGGGGAUGGAGAAGAGAUGACUGAUGGUAUAGAGGAGGAUUUUGAUGAGGAUGGCAGCAAUGAGCUGUUUCUACAGAUCAAGUGAUGAGAUGUCACGUGUAAACCUCCUGAAGGCUGAGAAGAGAGACUCUGACUUCCCCACAGAAAAAUGUGAACUGCAGUUUCUUACUGGCUGGCAAAACCUUUGACUCAAUUUGUAUGAAAAUUCAAUUUACUUAUUAAAAUGGACGUUAUUGUUCAAAUAUUAGAAAAUCCCUUUCUUAUAUGUUCUAAGCUGUACAAUUGUCAGAUUUUUAUGGUUUAGAUUGUAAAUGUGUUUUUCUCUGGCUAAUUAUUGGUAUUAUUUUUUUAAUUUUGAUGUCUUAAAGGCCAAUGUACUGUAUCAUAAUAAUAUGAAGGACAUAUUUAACAGGUGUGGGAAACACUAUAUACAAAUGUAUAUUUCUAAAAGCUAUUUUUAUGAUUAGCAUGUUUUACUGUUUUACCAUAUUUAGAGUCAGGUGAUAUUGCACUUCUUUGUUUACAGUUUAAUUCAAACAAGAUCACAAUUAAAUACAUUGUACGGUAUUUUCCAUUAUUUUAUUUAUUGUAUUCAUCAUUGGAAAUAAUUAUUUUUACUAAUAGAGUUAGCAGCUAAAAAGUGAAAAUGCCAAAAUAAGAGAGCAAUCCUUGAUAAAUGGGAUCUUCCCAUAAAUCCCUUUCUUCAGAUAAGCACCCUCUGCAAUGCCAUUCAUCAGACAGUUGUUACAGCUGUUCCUGCAAGUCUCUGAAGGCAGUUUGCUGUUACUACAUGGAAAGUUUAUAUGAUGGUCUCCUGUCUAGCCUGGUAAAUUAAUUGCAGACUGCCAAUAUCUGACAACAUGAGUUAUCCUGUUGAAUACUUUUCAGUUUAUUAUUCUGGCAGUAUUUAUUCCACCCCUGAACCACUAAAGACCUCCUAAAAUCCUGCAGUUGGAAUAAUUAAUUAUUACAGAUGUUGAGGGGGAAUCUCAGUAUAGAAUUUCUUAAUAAACCAUAUUUCCUUUCAAACAAAAUGGGUGCAUUAUUUCUCUUGUGUUACUGAGAUACUAAGGUUAUCAAAGUAUGUAGUGGUAUAGUGGUACAAGGUCUUCUUUUCUAAUGGAAGUACCAACCUGUUCCCUAUUCCAAAGCUAGACCUCCUUAGCACUGCAGAUUACAUGAAAUGAGAAACAGAUAUUUCUUUAUCUAUAUUCUUAUGUGAAAUAUACUCAGAGAGAGACACCUUAAAAGUGAUUGCAGGGAGGAAAAAACCUAAUAGCAAUGGCCUUCCAAGAGGGAGAGACAUUAAUUUAAGAAGUACCUUAGACAGUCAAAUGGAGCUCAGAGCCAGCUGCAUGCCACUAUGCAGCACAGAGCCCUGAUGUCCACUGGUAUCCAUGGCCAUAGGUAUUUGGUAUGAUCAAGCACCACAAAGAUGAACACUUCCCUUGCCCUUUCAAUCAUUUUCUGUAGGCUGAAAGCAAGAGGAAAAUACAGGUACCAGAAACAUUCUUUAAUAGACCAAAUUUUAAAUGCUUAUAAAAACCAGCCGUUUCUGAGGUGGUAGAAUCACCUCAAACAGUGGGUGUAUGCGGAGAUGGGAGCUCAAGGUCUCCAGUCAGGUUUCCAGCAUGGAGACAGUCAUCAAAGAAGGACUGAUAUUCUUCAAGCAUUUGGAAGAUCAUACAUUUGAAUUUAAUAUCUAUCACUGACUGGAAAUUUACUUCAUUAGGAGACUCUGUAACAUAGCGCUCUCAGUUAUGUUUGUAUAUCUUAUCUUUAGCUUGUCUAUUGUCUGUGGAGUUAAGCAGUUUAUCGAAGUGCUGAGUAGCACCUAGCUACUUAAUUAAGGAAAGAACAGUAUGAGUAGUUACACCUGAGCAUAAGGAAUCGCAACUUCAGAAUCCACCAAGACUGACACUCCCAGAAAAGUGCAGCAAAAAAUAUUAGUUCUGUGUAAGUGAAAUAUUAGCUCAAAUCAAAGGGUGGACUAUUUCUCCACUUUCUAUCUAUUAGUACAGUUUAUGAUCAUUUUUAACUGUAAAAAUGCAAAAAUAAUUGGCAUUUUAGGAUCUCCACGUUUGGCUCACAGUUUGAAAAAAAGAACUCCAAACCUUAGCAGCACAUUUUGACUAUUUCAAAUAUGUAAAUUCUUGCCUGACUUAAAAGAUGCAGAAUGUCACCCAAGAAGAUUAAUUCUCAUAUCAGUGUUGAUAAACUAUGUAUGAGAAACAGCUAGGUGUAUUAUCUCUUCAUCACCUCCAUUCCAAAUGACCUAAUAAUCGUACAAAGUACUCUUCAAUUUUUAGAAAUUCUUUCCAAUCAUUACCAACAAUGUAGUCACAGAAAUUAUUGCACAAUCAUAAUGUCGACACUGUUUCACACCACAGUUUAAUUGCUGAAUAUAUUUUGAACACAAAAAGACACCUUUGAUAACACUACAAGGUACUACUUCAUUUGCAAGCCAGAAGCCUACUGUGCCAUGCAGUCCAUUACUGAUAAGGAUUCUUAAAGGCGAAUUUGCUUCAAAUCACUACAGAGGAUGCUGGUAGCUUCAACAGAGCUUGAUAGUUCUCUUCAUGUAUGCUGUAUGCUUGGUGUUGUCUACC